CCCCAUGUUUGGGAAAUAUGCAAUUUGAAGCCAAGGCAUUACUGUACUUUUUAUAAUGCACUUGAAAGUUUUACUAGGUGUUCCAAAGGUGGAGUACUGAGUAUUGAUAAAUCGCUUAAGUGGAGGCUCAUAUGAAAUAUUAACAAUUACCCCCAGGGCCUUAGAGCAAUUGUGAUCAAUUCUGGCACAGCAUCAAAUCCAUAAUUUUCUUUGCUACUCUAAUUUUUACUUUUUUUGUAUUUUGAAAAUAAUGUGACCGCAACUGUUACUAAAAUUGCUCCUGAGAUGAGGACACCGAAACACAGACACACGGAGAGGUUCGUCCGCUCUUCCUCCCCUCAUUUACUAAGCUCACACGUCUAUCCUGAGGAUUUGAAAACACUGUACGAUUGUGCACUUAGUGUGCACAGCUAAGGGGUAAACAGAUACCCACCGGGCUGUCUAAGGCGCAGCCUCAAGGCAAGAAGAAGGGUGUUGGGUCGCAGGGGAUGUGAGGGCGGGACGGCCACUUUGCUGCGGGUGAGACCCACAGCCAGUGAGCACUGAGGAAGUCAGAAGAAAGCUAUCAGUCUCUUGGACACCUUCAUUUUCUGCCCGGUACAUUUAUCUUCCGCUAUCGUCUGGGCUCCACUUCCGAUCCCCAGUUGCUACCAGCAGUAGUCCAACCUAUGGCGGCUGGGGCUAGGGCCGGCCUCCCGCAGCUACCUCCGCCUCUUCCCGUUUCCUCUGCGCCUGCGCGACCGGAAAAUUCGCGAAGGUUCCUGAAACGCAACAGAUCGUUUCCGGAAGCCGGUAGCCGCCUCAGUCGUCAGACCGGUGCUAGCGACACGGUAGUGGCUAACGCGUCUUCUUGCCGUUCCCGGUGCUUGGGCCUUGCCUGUGACGGUGGGAAAAUAAAAUGGCCUUGCUGUGCUACAACCGGGGCUGCGGUCAGCGCUUCGAUCCCGAGACCAAUUCCGACGAUGCUUGCACAUACCACCCAGGUGUUCCAGUCUUUCACGAUGCAUUGAAGGGUUGGUCUUGCUGUAAGAGAAGAACAACUGAUUUUUCUGAUUUCUUAAGCAUUGUAGGCUGUACAAAAGGUAGACAUAAUAGUGAGAAACCACCUGAGCCAGUCAAACCUGAAGUAAAGACUACUGAGAAGAAGGAACUAUCUGAAUUAAAACCUAAAUUUCAGGAACACAUCAUUCAAGCCCCUAAGCCAGUAGAAGCAAUAAAAAGACCAAGCCCAGAUGAACCAAUGACAAAUUUGGAAUUAAAAAUAUCUGCCUCCCUAAAACAAGCACUUGAUAAACUUAAACUGUCAUCAGGGAAUGAAGAAGAUAAAAAAGAAGAAGACAAUGAUGAAAUUAAGAUUGGGACCUCAUGUAAGAAUGGAGGGUGUUCAAAGACAUAUCGGGGUCUAGAGAGUCUAGAAGAAGUCUGUGUAUAUCAUUCUGGAGUACCUAUUUUCCAUGAGGGGAUGAAAUACUGGAGCUGUUGUAGAAGAAAAACUUCUGAUUUUAAUACAUUCUUAGCCCAAGAGGGCUGUACAAAAGGGAGACACAUGUGGACUAAAAAAGAUGCUGGUAAAAAAGUUGUUCCAUGUAGACAUGACUGGCAUCAGACCGGAGGUGAAGUUACCAUUUCAGUAUAUGCUAAAAAUUCACUUCCAGAACUUAGUCGAGUAGAAGCAAAUAGCACAUUGUUAAAUGUGCACAUUGUAUUUGAAGGAGAGAAGGAAUUUGAUCAAAAUGUGAAAUUAUGGGGUGUGAUUGAUGUAAAGCGAAGUUAUGUAACUAUGACUGCAACAAAGAUUGAAAUCAAUAUGAGAAAAGCGGAACCAAUGCAGUGGGCAAGCCUUGAACUGCCUGCAGCUAAAAAGCAGGAAAAACAAAAAGAUGACACAACAGAUUGAAUGGGAGAUGGGAGGAAGGCUAUUACAUAUUUCAGAAUUCUUAAUACUGUGUGAAGUGGUGGCUUGCUGCUGUAAUCUUUUGUUGUUUGUUAUUGAAUGUGGCAUUUCAGGGUUAACAUUAAGUUCUUAAAAGCCAAAGUCAGUUUGUCUUUUUGUGCCUCUCAUCUUUCUUUUGUGUUAUGUAAGAUUGAUUGAUAUUCAUUUCUCCUUACUGGUAGGAACCAUAGUUGUGUCCUAUACUUGAAGAGGCUGGAAAAUAGCCCAUAACCAUAAUUGCAGUAUUUCUUUGUAUUUCUCUGUUAAGCAAAGAAAUAUUAAGGAACUUUUUUUUUAUGUCUUCGUAUUAUUCCAUAAUUAGUAAAGCAAGAUGAAAUAUCAAAUUUUAGUCAGUUUUUUCAUGGAUUUGUGUUCUUACAGUACUUGAAAAUAUUUAAGGAAGAGAUGAAGCUCUGCAGUUUUUUUCUAUGUGGGAUGAUUACUUUUUUAAGGAGGAUUAAUUCUGAGGUAGUAUAGUAAAUAAAGGGGAAUAUAUGAAUUGUUUAACAAAUUAGAAUUUGUUUACAACUACUUGAAUUUUUAAAUUAUGUCAAAACUUACAUUACUUGCCAAGCAGUAUGAUGUAAGAGUAUAGGAAACACAAAUAAUACAGAGAUAUCAAUUUGGUUACAAUUUACCAUUUUAUAAGACUAAGCAAUAAUCUUAAAAACCUCUUUCCUAAAUAUUUAAAUGUGUUUGUAUGGUGUUAUGACUGAUUGUUACUGAUUUAGAGACUAAGCCCUCCUAAAACCUUUAGUUAAAUAUAAAAAGAAAUUAUAUAUACCUUGCCUCCCUGAUGGAAAACUAUAUAAAAUUGUAGACUUAAAAGGUUUGUGGAAAUACAUUAGGAUAUCAGAAAACUAAAUAUAUAGAGUUGCUUUAUGACUAUUACAUGUUAAAUAAAAUAGCUUAAUUCUUUUGGAUUUUUUUUUUAAGUCAUGAAGAGCUUCACAAUUCUAGUGAUACAGUGUUGAUUAUAUAUUGUACUUUAUUUAUAUUAAAUAUAGGUAACACAGAAUUAGAUCGUUUGGAUAUGUUUGAGGCAGUGCAGAGCUCAAGAAGAAAAAUUAGGAAAUAUUCUGAAGGCCGGAACUCUGGAAGAACUUAGAAAGUUUGGGAAUAAAUUAAACUUACGUAGAUUUAAAAUUAAAGGGGGUUUAUUUCCCAAACCCCUUGAAUCUUUUCUUUUCCUUGGUAUUUAUGGAAUUCUUAUAAAGAAAAAUUUGUAGAAGUACUGUAUUCAUUAAUAAAGCAUAUAUAUCAUUCUACUACCAUUAGCAAAUAACUUAGAUGUAGUUAAUAUAAUUGUUAAAAGGUUUAGCUCUGUUACAAAUAAAAACAAAAAGAUCUGGCAACCAGACUUUCAUGACAUUACACUACCAUGAAAAGAAAUAUGGGCAGUAAAAGUUGGACCCACAUGGAGUACAUAAGCAUCUAAUACCUUGAGAUGUAUUUAAAAUUUUUCAAGUUAUCUUCCAUGAUUUAGGAACCAUUUAGAGACAUGAAGUCUUUAUGGGUUAGGGGAAAGGUUGAUACUUAGUUUGAUUAAAGGUAAUGAUUAAUAGGCCUUUUUGUUAAUACUUCUUUCUGAGGCUGUUUUCCCCUAAACAGUAUCUUAAUCUUUACAUGUAAUUGAAAUAUUAUUUAAAGCAGUGAGUUAUUGUAACCUCAGAUUAGUUGCAUUGAUCAAAACAUUGAUUUUUAUAUACACACAUACGGCUUUUAUAUUUAGUCUGGUGACAUUAGUGACCAUGGUAUUUCAUUUCUUUCUUUCUUAAGGAGUCUUUGAAUUUCUUGUCCAGAUAAAAAUCUGAAUGAUAUUUAUCUUAGACUUAAAGGGACACAGUUGUAUCAUUAGGUAGCAUAUGUUUUACUCUUAGUUUGUCAAAAAAGUUAAUAAAAAAAGCUUAUUGAUUUGUUUCUGUAGAAAUUUGCUUUUCUUUUAGCAUUAAAAAUAAUUUACUGUAGCAAAGCAGUCAAAGUUAGGUGUAUUAUAUAUAUGCUUGUUGACUAAACAUGGGAAACCUAAAAUGCUAUUUUUGUUUCAUAGCAUAUUUACUAGUAUAAAGGAAGUAAAGUCCUAAUAAACUGAGCCUUUUUUUAACCUCUUACUUUGACCUAGUUUUAGGUUUACAGAAAAGUGGUAAAAAUAUAAUACAAGAGUUCUUUAUAUCUUAUAUUAAUCUUCUCUUAAUGUUAUAAUCUUAUGUUAUCAUAGAACAUUUAUAAAACUUAAGAAAUUAACCUUUGUAUAAUACUAUUAAAUAAAAUAGAACAUUUUAUUUUUACCAUCUGUUUUUAGUGGAACUCUUCAAGGUCUUAAGAUCUUGUCCUUUUUGGUAAUAAUUUAUGCCAGUAAUUUAUAAACAAGAUAUUAGGAAUCAACAAAUGUUUAUAGGUUGAAUAUGUAACUUCUUGGUGUAACUAUACUGGCAAAGGACUGUAAUGAUUUUACUUUAUUCUAAUUUAUAUUUUUUACAAGGAUUUAAUUAAGAAUUUUCUUCAGAAAAUUAUUCAACCAUCAAAGUGAAGAGAAACUUUAAAGAGUUCUUGCAAAUAUUUUAAAGGGACUUUGAGUUACUACUUCUCUCCAAACUCCCAAUUUUUUUUUUAAAUCAGUUAUUCCUCAGCCUGAAAAUUUAUGUCAUGUAUAUACUCACAGUAAGUAAAUUCUUAAAAGCUCAUUUAUGAGGGCUGGUGUCCCUUUUAGGAUAUAUGGGUGUGUACUCUGUAAAUUAUUUUUUUUAACAGUCAGGUACUUUUAAAUUAUCUAUUUGAACAUUAACAGGUUUUUUUGUUGUUCAUCUUUUAUUGAAAAUUAUUUUGAUCUGGCAUUUAUGUUUGGUAUUUACUUUGUUUUCGCCAGUAUCCAUGGCCUUAGUUUUGAAAUGCAAGCUAUUAAGUCCAGCUUGUUUUUAGGUUUUGUUAAUAGGUUUUUCUGUUUCAUUUAUUUUGAUUGUUUGAUAGAUAGGGUUUUGUUGUUGUUGUUCGUUAUCCCUGACUGCUUCCCUACUGCCCAGGUGUCUUACAACUUAAUCUGGUGGUGUUGGAUGGCUUGCCGCCUUUAGUUAUGUAUAUGCCUAUGGCUUUAUACAUAUGGCACUGUCUCAAAAAUACCAGGCUUACAUAGGUUUUCUUCUGCAUAUUGUUUGAUUUUAACUUAACAGAAUUCUUCAUUGUGAAGACUAUCUUUAAGAACAGUUUUUCUGAAGACCAUGUUUUCACUAAAAACUCAUAUGACUUUUCUUAGUUUUUCCAUUUAGUGGGCCACCUUUAAUGUCCGUUGAAAAGAAACAUAACUUCCAGCCUUAAACAUUUUUAUGUUGCUUAAAGAUUAUGUGUCAAUUCAAUUUGCCAUUCCUUUUUGAUUUGGCAGAGCUGUUGUUUAACUGUUUAAAUUCUUUUUAAAGACUGCUGAUAAAAGUAAGAUUAGUGAUUGAGUCUGGAAAAGGGAAACCUUCCUGAACUUGAGGCACUUUCCCCUCCUUCGUUAAAGAGGUUAGAUUGGUGUAUUAAUAUUUUUUAACACCCUGAUGCUUUUCUUCAUUUUGCUUAUUUCAUUUUGUAGUUUCAUAUGUAUUCAGAUUUUAUUUUUAUGAUUAACUUGUUAAUCUUCCUUACCACCCUAUUAGGUAGAUUCUUUUAUUAUAUUACAGAUGAGGAAACUGACUUACGAGAUUGGUUAAGUAGCUUACCUAGAGUUCAAACUAAUGUGUUGUGGUAUAAAGAUUUCAAAGUCAUGUAGCCUGACUCUGUGGUUCCAUGCUCUUAGCCACUAUUCUGUGCUGCUUUUGUCAGUUGAGUGAAUAGGCUUUAUAUAACAUGGGCAUAUAGCAUGGAAAACUCUUAAUGUGUUUGGUAACUAGGAACAAAUUUUUUGUUGUGUUAAGUUAUAAAAUUAUGUAGUCAUUUUGCCUGGAUGGUUUUGGAUAUAAUAGCCAAUUCGUUACUUGUGAUUUGAUGACUCUUGGGAUCUCUAGUUUUUCUUAACAGCCUCCAAAAAAGUUUCAGAAUCCUUACUGCAAAAAGCACAAAAGUUUUCAUUUGAUAGUGAUAUGUAGCUUGUAAAUAGUAAUUCUUACCUCUGUGUUAGAUAAAACAUGCAAUAAAACACCAUCAAAUUUAGCUUUGAUAGAAGGGAACAAUUAGAGUUGGUGUAGAGGCAGACCAGUUGAGGGCAUGAAAUACAGCAGAAGCAGUAGGAAGAGAAGAGAGAUUGAGGAUUUUGAAAGGAAUUAGGGUUUAGAUGAAAAUGUGGGAUAAUUCCUAGGUUUGGGAAUGGAGGGAGAGCUUAAACAAGAUAGAGAAUAUAGACACAGGUUUUGGAGGAAAUGAUUUUCACAAGGGACUGCUGAGUCCAAGGAAUGUUUACAAAUCCUCAUGAAGUGUUCCAGGCUGUUGGUAAGAUAUGAGGCUCACAGACCUUGUCUGGCUGUCAGGAUUUAGAAUCAUAAUAGGCAGUAAUGUAAAUUCACUAGCUGACUUUGAGGAUGCAACAUUGAUAGCACUCUGAACUUUGAGGGCAUCUUGUUUUCAUUGAAAAAACUGGUAAUCCCUGCUUUGGAGUACACAAGCAUAGGAAUAAGAAAAUCCAAUAAAGGAGUAUUUAGGCUCACCUGCUAAAUAUUCAGUGUGCCACCUAAACCAUCUGUAAUGGGUCCCCUUAUGAAAACAUUCUUUUUCCAGAAUGUUGGAGGCUGGAUCGGGAAAAGCAAAAUAAAUCUACCACAGACCCUUGAUUCUGUUAGUAUCAAUGAUAAAACAUGAUUGAUAAAACUAGGCAUGAUACGUUCUUAAGGUACAGAAAAAUGUAGAAAUUGUCUGUGUCAAGAAAAUCCACAAGUUUUAAGUGGUUUUUUAGGCUGACAGUAACAAAUGGGAUCACUAUAAUUUUAUGUAAAACCUUAAAAGGCUUCCUACUAAAGAAAGCUGAAUUCCAGUAACAAAUUGAGCCGUGACUACUCAGUUCAUAUUAGAGAUCAACUUAGACUAUUUUUGAUGCCUUAAAGAUUUCUUCAAGUCCCCUUUCUACCAUACCCCCAGUAAAGCUACUUAAAAUCAUCUGUAGGAAAGAGCUGAAUAAUUGGGGGCAGAGAUGGAGAACAAAUUUAAGGGAACAGAAAGCCAUUGGGAAGACAAAGCCAGAAUCUGAAGAUAAUUUUAAAACCUUCAGAGAAAGUAGGUGUCUAAUCACAGGACUUAAUUCACUUGAACAGAAAUUUGUAAUUUAGCCACAGGAAUUAAGAAGUAUUAGUUAUAAGAGGUAACUUGAAGCUGUGGAUAUAAUGAUAGCUUUUUUUGUUGUUGUUGCAUAAUUAGAAUGUGCCAAACACUUUGCUAAGCACUUAUGAUAGCUUUUCUCUUCAGAACAUCACCAUGAUUAUUUACAAUAUAACCUGUAUUUUACAGAUGGAGAAACGUAGGCAAAGGAAAGGUGCAUAACUUGCCUCCGGGGUUACAUCGAUAGCAAAUGGUGAAAUUUAAUUUAAAAAUUAGAAAUUGAUUCCAAAGUCCUUACACUCUUAAGCAUGACGCUGAAGAUACCUAAGUCACCACACAAAACCCAGAAUCUAAGCGGCCAUUUGCUUAUUAUUAGUGCUUAUUCCUUUAUUUCCUAAUAUUAGUUAAAUGACUAAAUUACUAUGAGAAGAUAAUGUGCUUUCAAUAGUCAGUUGAGCCAUUGAUUUUCUUACUAAGAACCUCUAAAGGUCCAAUGGGCAGUUGACAGAAAUUGGUUAUGGAUUCUGGAGCUGUAGGACUGAGUCAAAGUAAAAGGCCCAUGGCGGUAAAUUUGUCCCUUGCAGGCAGUUUGUUCUAAAUGCUUGUCCCUAGAGAUAACCUUAGCCUUACUAUCAUCUGGACUCUGAGCAAUUUUUCCAUCUCGGUAUUCUUAGAUGUGGAUUAUUAAAAGGCCACAAACGAAGGCAGCUAACAUAAGACACUUUGUGGGUGUGAGAGUAUUCAUUAAAAUCAAGUAUUAGUGUAUUAGGCAAACAAACUCACUCAUUUCAAUUAUGUAAAGCUAGCUGGGUUCUCAGUUUUAGCAAGUGAGGGAAGAUGCCCCAUCACAUUACAGGAGAAAGACAAUCUAAAAGUUUAUGAAGUUUUAAUGGAUUUAACCACUUGUAAAAUGUUAUAAAUUGUAGAACACUUCUCCGAAAGAGAUCCUCUAGCAUACAUGGAUGGUCUGCUUUUCAUAUUUAUGAUUUAGCAGGAAAUUCUGAGUUCAUUUGAAGUUAGACUUUUUAGUAGUUUUUCCCCUCCCAAUGAAUUGUUCUGAGUUGAUAGAUGUAAAAUGUGUAGAUUUUAUUGAAAAUAAGAUAAAAGUUUGUAAGCGUCUUUAAUAUUAUAGCAAUUCCAUUGCUUAAUUAUUUUGUUUUAUUCAGCACCCAGGUCACUUCCUGUGUGCUGGAGAUAAUUAAACAGACUCCGCUUCCAAGAAAGGCUACAACAAAGAAAAUAAGAGGUUGUUAAAUAAAAAUUAUGCCAAAGAUAAGCCUGUAGAAAGUUUCUGUGGUGCAUAUUUGGUAGCUUUUAUGGUUGGAUUUCGUGAAGGAUAAAUAGUAGAGUCCUGAGGAGGAAAAAAAGGACAGGAGGUGGCCAUAUAAAUACAAGAGAGGGGAAGGGAGAAAGAAUAGGAUAUGAAGAAGCCUGGCGUUGAGAGGUGGUAUUGGCCUGUUCAGAAAACUUACUUGCCUAACCCCUAAGCUGUAGUCUCAGCAUUGGGUUUGGAGCUCCUCUAGAUUCUAGUACAUCAUGAUAGAUCAUGCAGUCAGUAAAAGUCCUGCUGAUUUUCCCCAGUAAAGUGCUUUAGUCCACACCAAGCCUGAUCUUUAGUCCAUGCCUAGAAUUGGCAAAUGCUCCCAGGAAAAAAAACAGUUGGUAGUCUCAGCUAGCUAGAUAGACUCAAAGACUUUUAGUACAUCUAGUCUUAAGUGCUUCCACAGCUCUUUGAUAUCUCUAGUGUAUUUUGCAUUUGAUCCAUUUUUUCCUAGUUAUUGAACCUGGGAGCCAUUACCAGUACUACCACAUCAUUUCGGUAAUGGAGGUCCCCAUUGAAGGAUUUUUUCACAGCACAUAGCAUGAUGACAUUUAGGUAGAUCAUUCUGGCUAGGAUUGUAUAAUUGUGAUACGAAGGGGGAAAGGAAGUGAGAUGAUGUAAAAGGAAGUUUUGCAUCGUUUACUUGAAAGAUACUGUUCUGAAUUUAAUCACAUUGGGGAUUGGAAAAAGUAGAUGAAUAAAAGUUAUUAAAAAGAGAAGAUCAAUGAGUUCAUAAAGUUAAAAAGCAAUUACAAGAAAAAGAGAAAUCUAAUACAGUACCGUAAUUAUUUCAAAGGUUACUAUUUUACCCUAAAUUCAUUUCUGUACUUUCAAGGAUCGAUUGAUAUUUUUGAAAUUCUGAACUAAAUGGAAAUAUUAAGAUGGCUCAUGUGUGCAUAUAUAAAUGAGUGUUAUUUGUAUCCUCAGAAUAAUACAUUUCAAGGGUAUAAAAUAGGAUUACUAUUUGUGAACUGUAUUGAAUCCCAGAACUCUGUACUUUUGUCUGUUCAAAAUGAAAACAGUAGUUUUUAUUAUUUUACCCCUUAUAAAAGGGAAUAUACUCUGAUGUAAAAAAUUUUAGCAAUUCAGUACACAGUACAAGUCACAUAAAAGUCUACCACCGAAAUGCAA